AUGUGGACAUCAUGCACAACUGAUAGCUACCUCACUGUCACUUGUCAUUUUCUGCAAGAGACGGUUAUGCGGUCUGCCGUGUUGUCGACAACCGUUUUUCACGGGUCUCAUACUGCGGAGAACGUUGCCCAGGCUAUCGGAGAUGUGGCUGACGACUGGGGUACCCGCUAUACAAUCGUUGCUCUUGUCACCGACAAUGACAAGAGGAUGAUUCUUGCAGCAAGAUUGCUUGGUAUAGAUCACCUACCAUGCUUCGCUCAUACGCUGAAUCUAACAGUCCAAGAUGGUCUAAAAAGCAGUGACGAACUAAACACUGUGCUGUUAAAAUGCAAGAACAUUGUGCGUCACAUAAGGUCAAGUUCCGUCGCAACCGCCAAGCUCCGAGAAGAACAAGAGCGCAUUGGUAAGGUACCCCAACUAAAACUCAUAAAGGAAACUCCAACACGGUGGAACAGUGUUUUUUACAUGCUGAAGAGGAUCCUAGAAGUUGGGGAGACCCUUACUCUAACGCUGUCGAAGUUACCUCGCGCACCAAGCCCUUUGUCAGCAGAAGACGUCAUGCUCAUCGAGGAUGUUGUGGCGAUUCUAGAACCGUUUGAAGAGGCUACAAAACUGAUGUCCGGAGAUCAGUACACAACGAUUUCUUUGGUCAUUCCUGUCGUCCGCGGUAUCGUCACGGAGAUCGAAGAGCGCAUCGAGCCCACACUGAAAACGAGAGUGGCUAAAAUUGUACUUCAAGAGUUGGUUUCUUCUCUGCAUCGAAGGAUGGACAGCUAUGAAGAGAGGGACUUAACAUCGUUCGCAACCAUGCUGGAUCCACGAAUGAAGGAACGAGCAUUUCUAAACAGGGCAAACUCGGACCGUACCAGGGAGGGCCUGGUUGAUGAACUCAGUGCACGAAUCUCUCAAAGCAGUGUCAGUGCUGUGACCAGUCCUGCUGUAGGUAUCGAAACUUCACAGGAAGACAAAUCUACGCAAAAAGUUCGGAUUCUAGGAUUCCUGGACGAAGAAGGCCACACGCCGUUGACUCCAACCUCUAGUGCAGAGCUCAUGCUACGGCAGUACCUCGAGAUCAAACCACAGCCGAGGAACAGCAAUCCUUUGGAAUUCUGGAGGUCCAGCUAUAGUUCUGCAACGCCGCUCUGCGAGGUAGCCUUUAAGUACCUGUGCGUUCCAGCUACAUCGGUACCAGCAGAGCGUGUGUUCUCUGCUGCAGGGCAGAUAAUCUCGGACAGGCGCAGCAGACUGAAGGGAAAGAAAGUAGACAUGCUCAUAUUUAUCCACCAGAACUACUGGCUUAGACACGACUAA